GCCCAGUCCAUUUCCCGUGGAGCAGUAUCGUGAGGAAAUCAGCCAAUACUACCGACUCCAAAUAAGCAGGCAGAAUCCUGUUGCAUACAACGAAGAGUUCAUCUUGGAUGUGGAAGAAACCUUUACCACGACAGACAUAAUUCGGUACAAUACACGGCGCCAAGCGUUUGAUCGACAACCAUUAGAAUCCAUUUCAGACAUUUUCAAUCCAACAUUCAAUCCCAGCUGCUCAUUGGAAAGGCCUGUAAGAAUCCUGCUAUGGGGGACCCCUGGCAUUGGAAAGACCACUUUUGUUGCCAAACUAUUGACUGAGUGGAACAAACAGGAUGUAGAAGUCCUACAGCGCUAUGACCUUGUGUUUGCUAUCGCCUUGAGCAAAGUUAAGAGGGCACAGUCUCUUGUGGAUUGCAUCUUUGACCAGCUGGUAGCUGAAAGUGACGUGUACAUGAAACAAGUCCUGGCCAACCAUCUACGAGACAAGGGAGACAAAGUCUUGAUCAUCUUGGAUGGCUACGAUGAACUUCAGUGGCACGCAGAAGAAGACCAUGACAUCAUGAAGCUGCUGACAGGCCGACUGUUUCCCCACGCCUCCGUCCUCGUCACCACAAGAACAACGUUCACCUCUGAUGUCAUCGCAAAGAUGAAGCCAGACGCCAGAGUCGAGAUCUUGGGCUUCAGUCCCGACAACGCCAAGAGCUUCAUCAUGAAGUUUUUUGGAAGACAGCCAUCUGAAGGGGAAGCACUGCUUAAGAAGAUUGGCCCAACCCUCCUGAGUACAGGAGUCUUCUCAGUACCUGUCCUUCUCCUCCAAGUCUGCUUGCUGUGGGAAGACGACAAAGAUGUGAUACGCAGCGACAAAAUCAGCCUUCUCUACAACCAGGUGGUGACCUGCCUUGUGCGACGUUAUCUUGCAAAGGACAAGAACCCUGUUCGUGUAGAAGACAUAAACGCACUUACCUAUGCACUGGAAAAACUGGCCUUUGAAUACCUGUUGAAGGAAAAUGGAGUCACUGUGUUUGACCAGGAAGCUGUGAAAAGGUCCUGUGGAGAACACUUCAUGAUUCUGGUACAGUUAGGCUUGUUGAAGGAGCAGAAAAGCCCAUCCAGAACAAAUCCCAUUGUCCAGUACUCAUUUUCUCACAAGACUAUGCAAGAGUACUUUGCUGCCCAGUACCUGACAGACAGGUUGUCAACAGAAGAGGCCACUAAGGGGGAAAUGUUGCAACACUACUUCCCAACAGCCAGGAAGAUCCAGGCACUUGGCGAACUUCUCGUCUUCAUGUGUGGAAAGUUGGAAGAGAAAGCAAAGUUUGUCCUACACUAUCUGCUUGAGAUCCACAACACACCUGAUGUACAACUUGUGGAGAAAGAGUUCUACAACUUCUUUGAAACUGGAAAGUCCAAGAAAGACUGGAACAAGGACAUCAAGCUGGAGGACUUUGCAAGUGCAGAAGACUUGACACAGUUCGCAGGCCAGUGGAACGACUACCCCCCGGUGCUGCUGACGUAUCAGAGCUACAUCGAGUUGUAUCUCCUCUGCUGUCAUGAAAGCGGCCUCACUGCUCAGUUUGCCAAGCAGGUGUUUCUGAGAGAUACAAUCCAAUUCUCGGGCGCCAGUCCCAGGGUGUAUGGCGUGCUGUCUCACAUGAUAGCUGAAGAUAGGGAGAAGGUGAAGAAGAUGGAGCACCUUCGUCUCGUUAACACCCAAAACUAUCUCCUGGCUUCGACUCUUGACGAGCUGCGCAAAUUGUCAGGCCUGACCGAGUUGAAUCUGCGUCAGUCACGGCUGGGUAGACACCUUCCAACCUGCAAAAUCCCCAGGAGGCUUGAGCUACGGUUCAAGUACAGAAGAAUCAUGAAGACGUCCGAAGACAACUUGGCCAAGGCACCCGCUCUCCUCGCCCGGCAGCUACCCCUCUUGAGAUCGUUGAAGAAACUGGUCAUUUCUUGGAAUGACCUCGGCCCAGAAGAUAUGAAACAACUCAUUCCUGCCAUCAAGGAACUGAGGAACCUUGAAGAACUGUUCCUGUCAGGAAACGACCUGAGUGGCCUCGGAAAGGAUGUUGUUGACCUUGUAGCCUUCCUUCCCAAGUUGAAAGUCUUCAAGAUCUACUUCUGCCAGCUCACCUUUGCAGAGAUCCAGAUGAUAGCAUCCAGUCUGACUGACAACUGUCCAGACCUGGAGCUGUUUGACUUCCAGCUGAACCCAAUCCAGCCUGAUGAGUCCAUCUGGGUUGGGGAGAGAGAGAUGGACACAGUCAGGGUAACACUCAGGGACAAGGUGUUCAUACCGUGUGGGUCCAAAAAGCUCCCUACAGCUAGCUCCUGAAGGACUCUGAGUUUUGUCACGGUAGUGUGCAUAUUCCAGUGGUUAGCGGCCCUGCCUCUGGAACUAGAAGCCAUGAGUUUGAUUCCGACUGUGUCGCUCACCCUACAUGCACGCUACCGGAAAGGGGUGCGGUCCUUAGGACGGGACCUUAACCCAUGAUCCACUCAGUUCAUUGUGCUUGUCGUAAGAGCUAGGGGGAUUUUCUAGGUACAUCAAAGCUGUAAAUACUGUACA